ACACACACACAUACACACAACCCGGCGGCUUUCAGAUAACACAGGAACCUGGCCACACUAUUUACCUCUGUGGAACUUUGGAAUUCACUCAUAGGGAGAGUGAAGCCGUGCCAACUACUGAAUAAAACGACACUUUCGCCAAGGAAAAGAACAUUUUAAGUCCGACUAUCCUCAUUAUGAGCACCAAGUGCUCCGUCCUGCUGCUGCUGGCUUUGGUCCUCGUCCUUACAGGCCUCGCGCAAAGUUUCAACCCACUAUUUGUCUUUGAUGGGAACUCCACUACUCACCGCGACAUCACCCAAAGGGCAAUCCUCCAAAAGACGGCAGAGGUCUGCCGAGACAUUGCUGCUGCAGAUGGACGGGACUUCACUCUGGCUAUUGACGACAGUCUAACAGCUGAGCGAGUACAAGAAGCGUGCUCCUCCUCAGAAAAUUCCACCUCGCUGUUGUCCAGUGUUCUGUUCCACAGUUCCAUUGCCAAUUUGUACUUCAGCAACGCCAACGUGGAUUUGGUGUCGGUGUUGAGCGACGAGCACCAUUUUGAUGGCGAGACCUUUCAAAAAGGACGAGACUUGAUCACUCAAGGCGUGUCCUCUGUAAAGGCCAGCGUGAAACGGGAAAACUUCAUUGCCGGGCGCUGGACUCUUGGCCGUGUAUGUCAUACUCUGCAGGACUUCUACAGCCACAGCAACUGGGUGGAGUUGGGGAACACGUCCCCUUACAGCGUUUUGAUCACACCUGACCAACAACUUGAGAAUCUGGCUGGCCUAAACGUUUCAACCUGUAGAAACUGUACGGGACAAAGCUGUGACAACAACAUUUUGCCUGAUGUGCUGCAGCAGGGGCUUCUCACCUCGGGUUACUUCAGCAUCCUCUCCCCAGAAAAGCCGGAAGGUAAAUGCAGCCAUGGAGGCAGUUUUGACCAAACUAGUAUCCGGGACCCAGUGGGCGGCAUCAAUAAGGAUGAUAUUACAUCAAGCCAUGGCUCACUUCACCAUCAAGCGGCCGAUUUGGCCAUAAAUGCUACUCUGGAGCUACUGGAGGAUAUCAGAAUCGCUGUCGGCGACAAGAACUUCCUAAGGCUGAUGGGUCUCUCCCAGUCUGCUGUGCUGUGUUUUGUCAUUGACACUACAGGUAGUAUGAGCGAUGACAUAGCCGAAGCAAAAAGAGUUUCCUUCGACAUCAUCGACAGUAAGAGGGGAACCGAGCAGGAGCCUUCAGCCUACAUAUUGGUUCCUUUCAACGAUCCAGGUUUUGGGCCUCUGCUGACAACGACUGAUGCAGACACGUUCAAAGCAAACAUCAAUAAGCUGACUGCCAGUGGAGGAGGUGACAUCCCAGAGCUGUGUUUGUCUGGAUUGCAGCUCGCCCUUACCGCCGCUCCUCCAUCUUCUGAGAUAUUUGUCUUCACUGACGCCCCUGCAAAAGAUGCCGAGUUGAAAAGCACCAUCACUGCUCUUAUAGAGAGCUCCAAGUCUGUGGUAACAUUCAUGCUGACGGACGUCCUGGCCAGUCGGCGCAGGAGGGCUAUAAGCCAAGCAGAUGCCCAGCUGUACCGUGACCUUUCCCGAGCAUCUGGAGGUCAGGUCAUCGAGGUCAGCAAGGCCGAUCUCGCCAUGGCGACGAGUGUUAUAGAGGACUCCUCGGCCAGUGCCGUGGUGACCAUUUUUCAAGCAGGGAGUCCUGGAAAGCCUGAUAAUUUUACGUUUACGGUUGAUGGUUCACUACAAAACUUAACCGUCUACAUCACAGGAGCUGCAUCUCUCACCUUUAAUCUCACCAGCCCCUCGGGUGUAUCUCAGAGCUCCGGCGAGUCCAGUGGACCGUUGGCAUCUUUGACCUCGGCAGGUAACCUUCGGCGACUAAGCCUCAACAACGAUAGUGAGACCGGACUGUGGGAAAUAAAAGUAGACUCCAAUGAUCCUUACUCUGUAAAAGUCACAGGUCAAAGUUCAGUGAACUUCAUCUACAACCUUGUGGAAGCCCGCGAAGGAGUCCAUUCAGACUUUUUUCUGAAGGAAAGUCGACCUCUUUCAGGUGGUAAUGCCAGCCUCUUGGUCACGGUGACAGGAAGUGACAGCGUAAAAGCUCCAGAUGUCACACUGUAUGACAGCUCAGGACCAACAGAAAUCAACGGGACAAUACAGUCUUUAGGGGGUGGUAACUUCCUGGUGACAUUCAGCGAGCUUCCAGCAGGUGACUUUGUGGUCAGACUGAGAGGAGACGACAGCAGCUCAUUGACAAAGUCGACUCCAGUCAGCUUCCAGAGGCAGGCUUCCACUCAACUCAAGACUUCCAGCCUCUCCGUGACUGCCCAAGCCAACAGUACCAACAUAGAACCAGGCUCUACUGUCUCCAUUCCUUUCACCAUCGCCACAACAAGUGGUGGAGUCGUCAAUGAAACUGCAAACGGGAUGUUCACGGUGCGAGCGACCAAUGACCGCAGCUUUGACUCCUCAUCGCCCAGCUCUGUCACUAUAGAAGAGGGCAAUGGUGGAAAAGCUAACGGCACAGUGACUCUAACAGCACCUGACACUGCGACAUCUGGAACAGACGUGACACUUACGAUUGAGGCGGAGGAUGCAGCUGCCACCGAUAUCAACUAUGUUGUCCUUAGGUUCUCCGUUGCUGCUAAGGUGACUGACGUCAAAGGACCAGUGUGCCAGGGGCUCAGUACAUCCACCAACUGUACGUCCUCACUGUGUGCCGCCUCCCAGUGGGAGUUUGUGGCCAACGUGACCGACGGCGUCAAUGGGACGGGCAUUGAAAGCAUCACCCUCCGUGAAGGGAACGGCACCCUCAACAUGAGCACACUAGUCGGACCGGGGGGCGAGAACAUCACCGUGGUCUCCUACGUGGCCUCCUGCUGUGCAAGCAGAGUACAGCUGUCUGCCGUAGACAACGUUGGAAACGUGGGCUUUUGUGCUGGCCAGGUCAGAGAGUCCGCCACAGUUGCGCCUGUUACUGCACCCGUUCCUGCAGCUAAUGUAACCAUGAAUGUUACGUCCACUGGGGGGCACACUCUCAGCACCUCAUAUGGUCUGUGGAUUACUGCUGUACUACUCCCACUUUGGAAAUAAAUGUGACACAGGGAAGGAUUUAUACAUACAGUAUAUAACAUGUGUAUCUUAAAUUAUAAUACAAAAUUAUUUACUUUAAACGUUUGAAUCUUUGUUUUACUUACUAUACUGAAGCUGUAAGGAAAUCAAAUUAUAUUAUAUUGCGAUUCUUGAUUGAGUGUAUGGACUUGUAUUGUAAUAUUCAUGCCAUAUGUUGGUAGUUAUAGUUUGAUUAAUCAUAGGAAAACCAGUAGGGAAAAAAAUCAUUGUUAUGGAUUUACCAAUACAUUUUACUACCCUAAUUAACCGCAUCAUAAUUUAUUGUACACCCACACAAGGUAAAAAAACAACAACACCCGAUCAAUAUAAGAACUGCUUAUAAAAGUCUGAAUUUAAAAGGUAAUGAGUUUUGAUCAAUAGAAUCAGCAAGAUAUUCAUUUAGGAUGUUUAUUAAUAUGGAUGGCGUUUGCAGUGGUGAACAUCUGGUAAAUAAACAGAAUAUACCACAUUUUCAGGACUAUAAACUGCACCGGUAUAAUUUUGGAAGAAAACCUUUUUUUUUAUAUACAUUAGCCGCACUGGACUAUAAGCUGCAUAUACCGGUAGGUUGUAAAAUUAGAUAUCUAUAUAGAAAGUUUUUUUUUUAAUUAUUUACAUACCCUAAUUGUUUCCAAACGGUGCUUAUAAAACGUCUGAUCAAACAAAACAGUAAAGUCAUUGCUGUCUUUAUUCAUUCUUUAUGAAAUAAAUAAAAAGUUCUCCUUUUUUAGUAAGGUUGAAGAUGCUUAUCAGGAUUAGUCUUCCUUGUAAUUUUUCAAACACUUUAAAAUUGAACAGUUUCUUAAAUUGGAUAAUUUCAGUACAUUGUUUGCCUAAUCCUAAUUCCUUAAUUUAUCUUUGUGAAGAAAAAUUCAUAGAUUACCCGCACCUUUGUAUAAUCCGCAGGGUUGAACGCUUGGUAAAAAAAAAAAAAGGAAAAAGUAACGGCAUAUUGUCUCGAACAGACCUGGGCAAAUUAAGGCCCGGGGGUCACAUGCGGCCCGUUAAGCUUUUCAAUCUGGCCCGCCGGACAUCCCCAAAUAUUUAAAUAUUUUAAAAUGGUAUUAUAUUUAAAAUGGAAACUGUAGCUGCCAUUAUGAUGUGCAGGAAUGCUUUCAAAUGACCGUAAGUCUUGAACUAUACAAAGUAUUUUAAUGGUUGGACUCUGUGCUUUUGCAUGAUAUACUAGUUAAUAUGGUAAUUAAUUAGUUACUAUGGUAAUCUAAUUAGUUAUUAUGGUAAUCUAAGUGACAGCAGCUCAGACGAGGCACCAAGAAGUGUGGGUGGGGAAGGUUUCCACAGAGCGUUUCCAGAGCGGCCAGCCUGAAAUGCGGGUGUCAGGGACAGACGCGGAAGGAGAUUUUUACAAGAAAGUUCUUAAGCUUAGUGAUAUAUCAAUUAUAUCAGAUUGUAGGUUUUUUGGGGUUUUUUUUACCCUUCAUGUUCAUAUUUCGCUGUUUGUUGCAUUUUUGUUGCGUUUCACUUGAUUGUAAAAUAUGUCGAUCGAAAGGGGGUGUGAUGUUCAUAUGUUGUCAAUAUUCAGAGUUUUAUCCUUCAUAGAUAAUAUUGUAAAUCCUACAUUCUUUAUUUACAUGUACAUUCUCAUUCAGUAAAAAAAUUUAAAAUUCCGUUUUUUCAUGCGAUCUGUCAUAUUGUUUUUAGCAUUUAAUCAGACAUUGUGAGGUUUUGCAUUGGUGUUCCUAAAAAUCAGAUAUGCCGGCCCCCAGACACACUUCUUUCUCUAAAUUUGGCCCCCGAGUCAAAAUAAUUGCACAGGCUUGGUCUAGAAAAUACAGUAAACAAACCUUCAAGUUCUGAUAUAGAUUGGAUCUCGGUGAGACAUUGAUCUUCUAGCUGGAAAUUGAGCAACAAGAGGAUGUUGUGUUACUUGAAAGAUUUCAAUAAA